UCGACUCGCGCCGUGUACCACGCGUGUUUGAUUAACGCGGAGAAAACUGAUUUAUUGUGUCGCGUUGAAAAAAUAAUCGGCGCUGAAGAUAUGUUGUGAUGGAGGGACAGGAGUGGCGGGGCGAGUGGCAACAGCCGCGAUUAGACGGCAUCGUGCCCACUAGCCAGUGUCCGCGCGGUGGUUUUACACUAUCGCCUUCGUUGGCGGAACGCAUCGGUCGUGAUCAUGAACAGCCGAUGUUACAGUCGCUACACCACCCUAUCAGGGAUAAUUCAUUAUGCGCACGCAGUACAUACUCCCCGCUGCAGGCCCUCAGUGAGAGUACGUGCCGGGACCACGGGGCCCAGUCAGCCCCUCCGCCGCAGCCACCGCCAAGGGUCCAGUUCUCGCCGCAGGUUUCGUCGCAAAACGUGACCCUUCACCCAGCGGUGGCGAGGUGCACUGCAUCGCUGGAGUUGGCUGCCCUCUGGCGGAGCUUCCACGAGCUCGGCACUGAGAUGAUAGUGACGAAGGCCGGCCGGCGCAUGUUCCCCGCAUUACAAGCCAGGCUCGCCGGCCUGUUGCCGAACGCCGACUAUUUGUUGCUCGUCGAUUUUGUACCGCUUGAUGAUAAGAGAUACCGAUACGCGUUUCACAGUUCAAGCUGGGUGGUGGCGGGUAAAGCGGACCCGGUAUCGCCUCCCAGGAUACACGUGCACCCCGACUCGCCCGCUCCGGGCUCGCACUGGAUGCGCCAGCUGGUCUCCUUCGACAAACUCAAGUUGACCAACAAUCAACUUGAUGACAAUGGACAUAUAAUACUAAACUCGAUGCACCGCUACCAGCCGCGGUUACACGUGGUGUACCUGCCGGCUGAGGGGCAGAGCACCGCGCCCGGCACCGUCCCUUACAGGACUUUCGUGUUCCCGGAGACAGGCUUCACGGCUGUCACUGCUUACCAGAAUCAUAGGAUAACACAAUUAAAAAUAGCAAGCAAUCCAUUCGCAAAAGGGUUCAGAGACUGCGAUCCCGAUGAUUGCCCGCCGGAGCAGGCGGCGGCGCGCGGCGCGGCGCGGCGCGGCGGGCGCGAGGCGGCGGCGGAGGCGGGCGCGCUCGCGCAGCCGUACGGCGCCGAGCCCAGCGCCUGCGGCCCGCUCUACGCCGCGCACGCGCACCCAGUGCGAUACCAACCACAUACGGGACACAACAGUGCAUACAGCGCGUAUUACGCACACAGAUAGCUAACGCCCGGACGUAUGAUUAGUGUGUAGUGACUAAAGACAGCCGGCGGGAGUGCUCCAGAGAUUGAGAAUACAUCUGGAUGAAUGUACUAAUGUAGGUAUUAGGGAAAUAUUCAUUUCUACAUACAUGCACAACGGAAAUAUUAUAAACUUACUGUUUGUCGUUUCAAUACGACACCGACAUCUUCGCGGUCUCUGCGAGCUGCAGUCCGCAGCGCUAGGCGAGAUGCUGUGACGCAAAGCGCCUUACGUACUAAGAAGUUUUCCAGAUGAAGUGGAAAGAAUUGUCGAAAAAGACAAUUCAUAAAAUUUCCGUUGUGCAUGUAAGUAGACAUCGUUAAAAAUGAUACUAUGUUUCAAAAAUAUUUAUUUCUGUCUAUUUUAUUAUUUUCAUAGGAACAAAAAUAAAGGAAUCAGUGAGAGAUGUUUUCAAAUUUUCGUCAAACAAUAUAUUUUUGAACUCUGACUAAGUUCAAAAGAAAGUUUUGAGAGAAUAGAAAUGUAGUUAUUAAUGAAAUAUGCUAUUCUGUUAAAGAAAGGCAGUAUUAUUGCCACCUAAAUAUUUAACUUUUCAAAUGAAAUCAAUAAUGUUUUAAAAAAUAAAUUCUUAAAUGAUUUAAUAUUAUGAUUAUUUCUCAAAUAUUCGUCUAGACUCUUUCUGCUUUUAUUGCUUGCUGAGUUUGGUUAUUUUAAAAGCCAAGGCACUGGAUUCUCUUUUCUAAAAGUUUCUUUUUUGCACUUCAAAAUCGUACUUAAAAUAAUUAUCUUAGGAACUAUUACAUAUACUUCUUGUAUUUUAUAGAUUUAUCCACUUAUUUAUUUGUAUACAUAUUUAAUUCCGUUUUAUAUAGUUUUUUUAUGUAAAUAUCAUAAAUAUAACAAGUCAAAAUCCAACUCAAAUUAAUGAAACUGAAUAAUUUUAUUCAAGGAGUAUAAAUGUAACUGUAUAAAUUUCACAGUCAAGUGAUCAGUUUAAUAUGAAUGAUUGGAAUGAGUUGUUCAGUUUCAUAGUAAUAAUCAAUAAUUUGUCACAUGAACGGUUUAGAAUGAAUAAUAAAAAAAAAGUUGUUUAGUUUUAUAAGAGUUAGUAGUUUAUUUCAGUUUGAUACUGACAGUGUAAUACUGUAUUUAUAAGGCUAAACAUGAAACUGAACAACUUUCUCUAAAAUACAUAAAUCGAGAUAUAAUUAUUUUUUUUUAUUAUUUCCUAACCGGGUAAAACUUCCAAAAUCCAUGCGUACGAAGUCACAAAUAGCUAAUAGCUAAUAUUUAUACAGGUUCUCGAUUAGGUAUACUGGUAUUUUAUUAAUGUAUGCCAUAUAAAAAAAUUAAAUGGAAUAUCUUUGUGUAAAAGCCUGUCUGAUGAAAGAUAGUUGACUUUAUCUGAUAGAGAAUAGAAGUUGAAAUAUAGGCGAAACUUGUAAUAAGCCAAUUUGUAUUUUAUUGUUUUAUAAUAUUGAAGUGAAAAUUACAUUGUGCCAUAUUAUUAUUAUAUCUAAUUGUAAGUAUAUAAUUAUAUGUGAAAAUAUGUAUUAACUAAAACUCUUUAUAAAAUUUGUAGAAAUCCAGUAUUUGUUUAUUGUUGUAAAUGAUCUGUACUUUGCAUGAUUUUAAAAUCAGAAGAUUUUAUUAUUUUAUGAAGUUUAAAGUAUAAAUACUUGUAAGUACUUAAAUUAAGUUAAACUGUACUGUGUUUAAAUAAACUAAAUAAAUUAAUUAAAAAAAAACUAACCUUUCAACUGUGUCAUGCAAAAUGGUGGAAAAUCCACAUCUGUGGCGU